AAAAAAUAAAAAGGGGGCGGAAGGCAAAGGCGGUAGGCGAUUGCUUCUGCCUCGGGUUUUCCUUUUCUGCAGCUUUUCCUUUUUCCUUCCUUCUCGUCUUAUAUCUAUCUGUCUACUUCACUUUUUUGUUUGACGCCUCCGCCGAGCGCAUCGGGAUAGUGAAAGAAGGAUAGAAAGAGAAGCUUGGUUGUACGAAACAGCAUCGGAAGAUGAAGAUUAACGUCAAGACUUUGAAGGGUUCUCACUUCGAGAUCGAAGUCAAACCCGAUGACACGGUUGCUGAUGUGAAGAAAAACAUAGAAACAGUCCAAGGUCCAGAUGCUUACCCAGCUGCACAACAAAUGCUUAUUCAUCAGGGGAAAGUUCUUAAAGAUGCCACAACGCUGGAUGAAAACAAAGUUUCUGAAAAUAGUUUUCUUGUCAUCAUGUUGACCAAGAAUAAGAGCUCAUCUAGUGGAGGUUCAAGCACAGUGGCGGCUACAGUUCAGGUAAGAUCAAAGCAUAUGCUAUAUUUUCUACAUUGUUUUCCAUGUUUUUAAAUCGCGUUCUCUCUAUUGUCAUCUUCUUCGCCCUAUUAUAAUGUCACUUCAUCGUCACAUUGUUUAUCCCUCCUUUUUGAAUAUAAUAAUGGAAAUCAUGUCAUCGUUUUCUGGUUCAAGCUAAUGUUGAAGCUUAAUUCUAUUUUUAGUGGACAUGAUCUCAUAUCAUUUAUGCAGUAUUUGGUUUGCUGUAGAUGCUUCUGGCUGGAUAAGCUCUAUCCACUUUGAAAGCCCAGGUCAAGAAGUACCAGGUCUAAAUUGAGUAAUCGGUUUCAGCGAGGGUAGUUAGGUAUUUAGUAUAUUAUAUUGUGAGUAUUGUGUAAUUUGGAAAUUAAUAUAAUGUCCAGAGGGUAUUUUGUAAUUUGGAAACUAAUAAUACAUGGAAGUCUUAGCUGUCUGAUGCAGAUGCACGAUGGAUUUAGGGAAAAAAAAAAUCUUUUUGAUUUGAUUUUCUUUUGUUUUAGAAACAAUUUCUUUGAAAUUAGUUAGUUUCUAAUUUUAGAUUAGUUUCAUUUUAAGUUAGUUGCCAUUAAUUUUUGAUUUUUUUCUUUAUAUUGGACAUGUAAACGAUGAAGAAGUUCAGUUUUGGAAUUUUGAAGAAUUGAAUGAAACUGAAAAUAGAUUUUGGAUGAAAUGAUGGCUGCCAUGGACUGCUUAUCUCUUGUUCUCUUUCUCUGAAGUUCUCUCUCGGAACUAUUCUCUUUUUCCUUCUUAUCUUCUUCUUUUCUCCUUCCUACUACUCCUAUUCUCUGUAGCUGUUAUCAGUUCCCUGUUCUGGGCGGUAGACACAGCCCCAGAGCUUUUGGUUGAAGGAAGCCCUCCCCAGGGAAACUCUAACCCUUGAAUGUCAGGCCUGAAGGUGACUCCUGCUGUGAGAAACAAAAACCUGCAACUCAGGUUAACCAAACCUACCGCCAGAUCUGUUUGCAGGCACUACAACCCCUGUUUGCAUUGCUGUUAUGAGGUAUUUCCCAUAUGAGAUCAAGAGGCCCUUUAGUGAAGCAUCAUCGCCUGGAAUCUCAGGCCUAAUAGAGGGGAUUUGAAGGAGAUUUAGCCCUCGCAAGCUGCUGGAUUCUUCCGCCCCUGCUGGUUGUCCAAGAAAGGAGAAGAUAGACUCGUGAAUUGUAGUUUAAAGCCCUUCAAUUUGGUUUUUCCUAUUAUACCCCCGCUUUUAACUUUUAAUUCCCUUUGAGUUUCUUUAUUUCUAAUUCCAGAGUACCCCUCCCUCAUCUAACGCUAUUCCUUGUUUCCCAUUAAUUAGAUUGGUGACUUAUAAUUACAAUUCUGCCAUUCUUUAUUAGAAACACCAACUAAAAUUCCAAAAUUGAGUUUUCUUUGGGAUUAAUUCCUGAUAAGCCCUUAGUCAAUUAUUUCACUCUAUAAAGCUCCAAAAUUGUACCAGAAAUUACAAUAUUGCCCCUGGUUUGUCUAGAGUGAAGUAUUUGGUUUUUUAGUAGGCCCUAAGCGAUCCGAUCCCUCGGAUCCGCAUCACUUAAUGGAUUCAUCCAGUAAUCUGAAACGGGUACCUCCAGCCAUGGCAGAAGGAAAACGAAAGCACCAAAUGAUAUAUAGAUCAAUAAAAAAUAGAAUCAACAGAGAAUAUCCAGCCACUGAAGGGAAGUUUCAUUCAAGCUGAGUGAUUCCAUGGGUACAUCUAGAAAAGAAACACAUUAUCUGAUAAAGGCUGCUUCGAGGGUAGCAACCUUCUAGAGAAGAUAAAGAGAGAGUGAGAGAUUGAAAAACA